AUGACUCCACGUAUUUCUUGGCUUUCUAUCGCGAUCGCCCUUGGAGGUCUGUCGACCUCAGGCGCCGCGCAAGCAGAGGACGACCUGUGCUCCGGCUGGUUCUGGUACCCCCCGACAUCUCUCGGAGACUACCAGAGCUGCCCGACUGGCAAGAUCAAUGGCACAAUCGGUAUUGACCCGGACGAGGGCCCAGUUGUUCUCCCCAACCUCGUCACCCUGAAUGGCACGCUGCAGCUCAAGCGGACUUGGCGUGAGAUUACCUCCAUCAGUGCGCCUGAUCUUGAGAGCGCGAACGCGCUAGACUUUGCCAACAUAAUGGUGGGCGGCCUCGACCGAAUCUCAUUUCCGAGCUUGCGGAACGUGUCCGAACGCAUAUCCUUUAGGGAUACGACACGAGAUGCAACUGCUGAGUUUCCGGUGUUGGAACAUGCUGGCUCUGUCACUAUCGAAGAGCACUUGCUUCAGUUGCAUAUGGACUCGCUAGAGUCGGUUGCCGAUGACUUUGAUUUAGAUAAUGCUUUCGCGGGGGUGGACGGCCUUGCAGUCACACUUCCAUCAUUAACGUCGGUUGGUUUUCUCAAAUUAGGGGGCAAUCUCACAAGCAUCUCCCUGCCUAAGCUCAUGUCUGCCGGGUCUCCAAAACAUGCCAAAGGAGCCAUCUCGACAGAGGCCGGGUUGCGGCUUCAUCUCGGGGGGAGGUGGAAUCAGGUCCCCCGGAUCCCAUUUGCCCUGAACUUCCCCAUGCUCGAAUAUGUGGACACGCAAUUCUAUGUUCAUGGCCCAGUGGAUAGCCUUAACCUCCCUUCUCUUACAAACACCACAGCAGCCAUCCACAUCGACAGCACCCAACCCCUCUCCCUCUCUCUUCCUCUCCGCACAGCUUCUACCAUCGAGCUGCUCGGGGCCAUCAAGCACGCCUCACUUCCAAACCUCACCCAGUUCACCCACAUCACCGUGGCCUCAACCACGAACUUCAACUGCGACCGCUUCAUCAGAGAAAUCAGCGAAACUGCCCAGAUCCCAGAAGGAGGCCAGCACUCCAUCAUCUGUUCAUCAGUGCACGGCAACUCGUCGGGCCUGUCGUUAGGUGGGAAAAUCGCAAUCGGGGUCGUCGUUCCAGUCGCGGUGUUGGUCCUGGCUCUGCUUGUAAUAUGUCUCAGGCGACGCAGGAGAAGGGCUGCUAAAGGGAAGGAGGAGAGAGCCGUAGAUCAAUCAGCCGCCCCAGAGUAUGAUAAUACUCAUGCUCAUGCUCCGCGUGAAGAGGCUGUCGUAACGAGAACUGCCACGGCAGCAGAUAUCGGCCCUCCACCCCCAUAUUCGCCGCGAGAGGACGCGAACACGGCGUCUAAGACUAGAUGA